AAAAAAGAGCAACAAGCCUAAAAGAAGUUCAGAAAAAGAAAAAUAAAUAGAAAAGGAGACGCAAAAAACUUGCGGAAAACGCCAUGAAAAUAGUGUCAUGUUAUUUGUAGCAGAAGAAACAAGCCGAAGAAGAAGAACGACAGUGACGUGAAUUCUUCAAUCAAUGUAGUCUCGUCGAAGGGAGUGAAGAACAAUUCGAUAUCGGUGACAGAAUAGGGAUUUUGAGGGGUUGCCGCCCGAGUAUAUGAUGCUUUGUAGUCCAUUGAGAGAUCGAGUACAGGCUUGGCUUCGUGAUUAUGAUAGGCUUCAAUUCUUAGCUGUGAUCCUCAUCUACGUUCAGAUUGCUUGUGCUUUGAUUGGAUCGCUGGGAGCAUUGUAUAACGGCGUGUUGUUGAUAAAUUUGGCGAUUGCAUUGUUUGCGCUUGUUGCAAUCGAGAGUAGCAGUCAGAGCUUGGGCCGGACGUACGCUGUGCUCCUCUUCUGCGCCAUAUUGCUUGACGUUUCCUGGUUCAUCCUCUUCUCUAAUGAGAUUUGGAAUAUCUCUUCUGAAAAAUAUGGAGCAUACUUUAUUUUUUCCUUGAAACUCGCUCUAGCAAUGCAAAUUAUUGGAUGUUCUGUGCGAUUAUCAUCUUCAUUAUUAUGGAUUCAGAUUUAUAGGUUGGGGGUUUCCAGUGUAGGCACCAUAGCUUCUCAGGAAGCAGAUUUUGAUUUAAGAAAUAGUUUUCUAAAUCCUGCAACUCCUGCUGUAGUUAGACAAUGUUCCGGGUCUGACGAAGCUAUAGGAGGCGCCAUCUAUGAUCCGGCAUAUUACUCAUCUCUCUUUGAAGAUGGUCAAGAAAUUAGAUAUACACGUGAGUGUCAAAAUCGUGGCAUUGCUGGCAAUUGGUCUCCUUCUGGUGCUGGAGUUUCUCAUCUGAAGGCAUCUUUGGGCAGAUCUUUUCAGGCAAUAGAUGAGGAGAGUGCAGUAAGCAAGCCCCAAACAGCAUGAUAUAUCCUGCAGCAUCAGUGAAAAUUUCAAGGUAUUCACUCCUUGUGGUUAUUGUUGAGGGAUUGAAUUUUCUAUUGUGCCUGGGUGGUGUUGGAGGGGUGUGUGUAUAGUUUCCAUUUUUUACCAGAUUUUGCCAACGGUAAGAGCCACCAAUCUCAAAGUGGAAAGUAGGAUCGUGUUCUAUUUUGUGAGGAGUAUAAUACGGCUCAUGGUUUUUCUAUUUGAGAAGCAGUAUGUGAAUUCAAUACAUGAGAUUUAGCCUAGGAUGCCAUAUGAGGGAAUUUGUUAAGAGUUUUGUUACAAGCAUAUCAUGCAUGAGGUAGUGAUCAAGGAUUUAAUCUCCUUGGACAUACUUGUGCUCUGGAAUGUUGGCUUUGUGUAGCUGACUAACUGGUGCAGAUUACAUUAUUGGAGAGGCAAUACCCAUCCGGAACCCUGGUUGGAGAUCCCCCAGAUUCUGGCAUGUUUUGGGUACGAGUCUUUUUAGGGCCAGGUCUAUUCACUAUUAAAUUGGAAAUUAUAUGUUUUUAAUUUUUAAGUAGUUUGUAUUUAUUUUAAACUUUUUUUAUUUUAUUU